AUGCAGUUUAACCAACUGUGGUCGCUCGUUGGCGCCGCCUCGUGGCUCUUCUCUGACAUUGUUUGCGCGAAAACAUAUACCAUCCCCAACUCGGCAAACCCGGGUUCACAGAACAUCGAGUACAUUGCCAAAGCCACCGAAUUCGAUGGACAGAAAAUAACCCCUUACCCCAACUCGAAUUCGUACGAAUGGUGGUACUUCGACGCCGUGUCGUCGACCACGCAGGAAUCGGUCACCAUCGUCUUUUUCGAGACGUUGGGCACGACGUUUCCGACCAGUAGCGACUCGUACCUGUCGAUCCAGUUCGCGGGGACCUUGGAAGACGGGAGCUACUUCAUCUAUGCCGUGCCGGCAAAGAACACGUCCGUCGCCACGGUGACCACGAGCGGCAACGGUGCGUCUGGCGUGUGGCAGGACACCGGUUUCAGCUUCGAGGGGUCCUCUACCAUGACCAAAUACACGGUCGAGGUUGACAACGACGAAUUCGGUAUUUACGGAACCUUUGUCCUCAACUCGGUGUCUCCAGCUCACGGUCCAUGCGGACCUGCAUGCGCCGGUGCAAACGAGAAGCUGUUCAACCACGUGGGCUGGGCCAACGCAGUUCCUGACGCAAACACCGUCGUCAACAUGACCGUCAAUGGCUCCGCCCUCCAGUUCAACGGCUAUGGCUACCACGACAAGAACUGGGGCGACACUGUGUUCACCGAUGUCGUACAGUCGUGGUACUGGGGCCACGGCCGCCUGGGUCCGUACUCCAUUGUCUGGUUCGACGCCCUCGACACCAGCGGCGUCGAGCACACCUCUGGCUACAUCACCAAGGGUUCUACAGUUAUUGAGUCGAGCUGCGCAAGCGGUUCGGUCGUCGCGCGGCCCUAUGGUGCCAAUGCCGACUACCCGCCUCAGCCGAGCUCUGGGGUGCCGACUGGAUUCGACAUCACCUUCAACACCGGAACGAUUGGCACCGUUCAGGUGCAGGCUACCGUCGAGACUAUCCAGAUCCCAGGCGUUGCGGGCACCACGUACGGCAGGUACAUCGGCCCGUUGUCUGGCACGGUGGCUGGCAAGAACUACACGGGCACCGCCUUGUUUGAGCAGUUCAAGUUCGCGUCGUCCUAA